CGGUGUAGAUCUCUCUCCCUGUGAGGGUUCUCAGUCUCUCUCUGGGUCUCUGUCUCUCAGUCUCAGUCUCUCUGUAUCUCUGUCUCUGUGUCUCUCUGUCUCUUCUCUGUGUCUCUGUGUCUCUCUCUGGGUCUCUGUCUCUCUGGGUCUCUCUCUGGGUCUCUGUCUCUCUGAGUCUCUGUGUCUCUCUGAGUCUCUCUGUCUAUCUGUCCCUGUGUCUCUCUGUCUCUGUGUCUCUGUCUCUCUGGGUCUCUCUCUGUCUCUGUAUCUAUCUGUGUCUCUCUCUGACUCUCUGUCCCUGUAUCUCUGUCUCUCUGUGUCUCUCUGUGUCUCUCUCUGGGUCUCACACCGAGUCGCUGGAGACUGGGCGCAGCUUCCCGCCUCAGAGUCGCCAUGAACGCCUCUCUGCUGCUGCUCCUCUCGGCGUGUCUAAUCGGCACGUCCCUGGCGCUCACAAUCACGUCGACGGGCGGCGAGGUGAUCCAGAAGCUGCAGGGAGCCUCCGUGUCCCUGGCCUGCGCCUUCUCCGUCACGGCCCAAGACGUCGGAGUCCUGGACAUCGAGUGGAUUUUUGUGCCAUCCGACAAAAAGCCGGGCAUCAUGUUCGCCACUUACACGGGGAGCCGCACGUACACCGACACAUCGCCGGCGCACCGCGGCCGCGUCCGGUUCACGCUCGCCGAUCCGUCGACGGGUGACGCCUCCGUGGAGCUGUCCCAGCUCGGCACCCACGACACCGGCACCUUCCUGUGCAAAGUGAAGCAGAUGCCCGGCACCGCCAGCCGCACCAUCGCGCUUACCGUCAUGGCGGUCCCGAGUGCCACGCGCUGCUCCAUUAAGAGCGGCUCGCCGGCUGUGGGGGAGGAUCUGGUGCUCGGCUGCGUCAGCACCGAGGGCACCGCCCCCAUCACCUACACCUGGACCUACACGGGAGGCAUCGGCGGCAGCAUGCCGUCCACGGCCAAGCAAGAAAUGGAAGUGGGCACGCUGGCGCUGAAGAACGCGACUCUGGCGUACGCGGGGACGUACCGCUGCACGGCCACCAACACAGUGGGGACAGACUCCUGCGAGCAGCAGCUCCACAUCGCACAGCACAAGGAGACGAACGUGGGGUCCUUAGUGGCGGCCAUCGUGUGCCCCAUCCUCCUCAUCGCGCUCGCCAUCGCCGUGGUCGUGUGCUGCGUGAGGAGGAGGAACCUCAAGAGGAAGGAAAAGGAGUUGUCGCACGUCAUACGGAUGGACGAGUCUCCUCCGCCCCCGUCAUCGCGCUCCCAGUCGCGCUCCUCGCGACCCCUGACCUCCCAGGCCGGCUCCUCGCGACCCCUGACCUCCCACGCCGGCUCGUCGCGACCCCUGUCCUCCCAGGGGGGAGUGGCGUCACGUGCCGGGGGCGGCCCGCCCAGUUUGUUCGGGGGCGGGAAAACUCCAUCGCAGCUCCAGCCCACCUUUGUCUCCCCGCCGCCCCAGUACGACACGGUGCCGCAACCUUCCUCCUCCUCCGCCUCCUCCAUGGUCUCCUCGCUGCGUGCGGCCCCCCUGGACUCCGCGCUCCAUGUCGGGGCGGGGACCACCCCGGCCGGCGGUGUUCCGGUCUACGCCACCGUCACCCACCAGCCCCAGCGUGGCGGCGGUGGUGGUGGCGCCCCCCCUCCCGGCUCGCAGCGUCCGUUCGUCCGCCUGGACGAGGAGGUGGAGCCCGAUGACGAAGAGGAGGUGGACGAGGAGGACAUGGCGAUGAUCAUCGCCGACGGGAUGGAUCCCCUAGACCACCACCACCCUCCCAAGCAGAGGGGUUACCUCGUUUAG